UUCUGUGUUGAAGCCCUAACGUGGCGCUGCCUGUUUACUGUGAAUCUGACCGAAUCAAGUCCUGCUGCUUCUGUGGAUGGAUAAACAACCUGUGUUUUAUUACCCUCAGGAUAGUCUGCCAGGUGCACAGCCUUGACAAGUCUCCGUACCUUUACAGUUGUCAACAUGAAGCCCGAGAGACAGGACAUCAUUUUUCAGGCUCUGCUCUUGAUUCACAUCCCUGUGGCUUGCCUCUUCACUGCAGUGUCAGCUCAGUCUGACAGCAGCAGCAGUGUGGUGGUGGCAGGCUAUAAUGUGAGCGCCCCCGCUGGGACGAAGGUGGUGCUGCAGUGUGUGAGUGGCCGCAUGGUGUGGACCAGAGACAGGGUGAGGGACAGGCAGAGGGUGGUCCACUGGGACAUGUACCGGCCCCGUCCAGACUACGCCAGGGAAAGAGUGCUGGACAUGUUCUCUGCAGGGGACCAGAGGAUCUACAACUCCUACAACCAGGGCAGGGUCGGCCUCAGCCCGAGAGCCUUCAGGGAUGGAAACUUCUCCCUGGUCAUCAAAGAUGUGACGAUGAACGACAGAGGUCUGUAUUCUUGUAACCUCCACCAUCUCUACUGCCACCGGUCCGAGACAAUCAGUGUACAGCUCAACGUCACUAAAUCACGUCGUAAACAGCAGCGCUAUUGGGAUGGACAGAAGGCGGUGUACGUGGUGCUGCUCGGUAGCACUGUGGUGCUGCAGUGCGUCAACCGACAUAACGUGUGGACGGACUGGAGCGAGGAGGAGGAGGACCAGCAGGUGGUCCACUGGGACCGCCAAUCCCCAGGAGUUAGGCGGGACCGCGCUGACCGGCUGGUGGACCUGUACGCCUCUGGGGAGCAGCGUAGCUAUGGGCCGCUGUUCCUCCAGAGGAAAAUGAACAUCAGCAAUCAAGCCUUCUCAGAGGGAGACUUUUCACUUUCCAUAUCUGAUCUGCAGCCCACAGACCAGGGGAUGUAUUCCUGCCACCUCCACCACCAUUACUGUGGUCUACACGAGAGAAGAGAGUUUCACGUCACAGUUGAAGCACCCGUGAUUCAGCCCACCCUGCCAGCCAUAGCACUGCCCAGUGAAGACAAAGACACCACUAAGGCUGAAUCACCGCGAGUCAUCAAUGUUAUUCUGCCCGACCAGAGACACCACUUUCUCCUGCCGUUGGGUUAUGUCCUCACCUCCUUCCUGCUCCUGGCAUUCAUUAUCCUCAUCAUCAUCCUCGUCACACGCAGACGUGGAACCAAAGAGUUUUAUCCACGAGCUUCCAUGAGUGAUAGGUCCAGCAGAUGUCAAAGCAGUUCGGAAGAGUUUGAAAUUGAAGAAAUUGAAGUUACUGAAGUGAAUGUAUUGAACCAAGAGGAGAGAUUUGACUACAAGAACAACCUGCUGAAAGAGAAGGUCCACGUGAAUACUCAGCCUAAAGUCAUUGAUCUUGACAAAGAGAUGCAAAAAUUUUCCAAGUGAGGAAAAGACAAAGAAAAAGUGAGUCUGGAGUCACUGGCUGGUCCAGAGGCUGCGCUCCAAAAUGAACACCACACUGCCUUCUGUCCCGGCAGGAGAGACUGCAAGAGAUAAAAUAUUGUGAAAUUCAGAAUACCAAUAAAAACAGUUCACACUGAGGUAUUGUAUUUUCAAAAGCCAGUAUUAGAUACAAGAAUGUUGUUUUCUUGAUUUACACUUGAUCAAAAUAAAAAGAUUUGACUGGGACCAACGUACACGGCACGAUAGCGCCACCCAGAGGGGAGUCUAUUCUAAGCCUCGACAGCUGAAUGAAGGAGUUAUGUGUGUAUAAGUUGCAUAAAGUUGUGAUUGAGUGAAUUUUAAUUAUCAAUUAUAAGAGCUUUUACCAUUAUUGCUCAAAUUUAGCAAAUAUUUUCACCUUGUUCUUUGUUUUACUUACAUAUCGAUCUUGGCUUAACUGACUGGACUGAAGCACCGCUACUAUCAGUGUAUACUGCUUCCUGUAGCCUAUAUGAUUAACUGUAUGCUUACCGACCAAUGAAGCAGCGUAUGUAAAAAUGUUUUAUUUCGAUGCUCGGACUGUAUUUUUUGUGGAAUGUGCCUUUUUUUAAACAUGUAUUAAAUUCAAUGUUUUAGGCUGA